CGCGGGGCGGGCGCCAUGGCUGACGGCGGAGAGUCCGCGGUGGCCCCUCCGGGCUCUCCGGCUGCGGGGCGGCGGCCGGGCGGCUCCCCCGGCGGGGCGGAGGGCGCGGCGGCGGCCGUGGCGCGGCUGCCGCUGGGCGGCCCGGCCGGGGCGACGGGGAUGUCGCUGCCGCGGCUGGAGAAGCCGAUCAAGCAGGCCUUCUACAACACGGGCGCGCUGCUGUUCGCGGGGCUGUGCUGCGGGGCCGCCGUGCUGGUCUACUUCAUCCUGGAGGCCUUCCUGCGGCCGCUGCUGUGGGCCGUGCUGUGCGGCACCUUCCUGCACCCCUUCAAGAGCUCGCUGACGGCGCUGGGCCGCCGCUGGCUGAGCCGCCUGCAGCGCUCCCGCACGCCCGUGCUGCUGGCCGCGCUGCUGCUGCCCCUCUGCUUCGCCAACUACGGCGUGGAGGCGCUGGGCGAGCAGGUGCUGCGGCGGCGGCGGCUCCUGCUGCUGCUGGGCGCCGGCGGGCCGCUGCUUUACGGGCUGUACUGCUUGGGCAGCUCGCUGGGCGUGCAGGUGCUGCUGGCCCAGGCCGCCCGCCUCAUUUGCCAGGGGCUGGACUACUUCAGCAGCCAGUGGAUAUGGACGUUGGUAGUUGGUUACCUGUUGAUGGUUUCAUUCAAAUGGAACAUAAGCACUGAACGUUACCUGAAAGCAGUCUCAGUCCCUGUGUGGAUCAUGCUGCUCUUUCACUUAGCUUCUGUGGCAGGUUCCUGGAGAAUUCCUGUGUUCCUGGUUAUAGUUGUUCUGAUGACUGUAGGCAUGUUGCAUGAACAGCAGAAUGGAAAGGAGUCUUCUGGGGCAGAGCUUCCUGGACAGAUGAUUUCCAUUGCUGCUUCAACAAUUGCCAUGGCAAUUUCCGUGACAGAAGAUGAAUCCAGUAAUGAACGUUCCUCACAACCCUCAGGUGUGACAGAAGGUGAUCCACCUCCACAAGCUUCUUCAUCUUUCUCCUCCUCUGCGUCCUCUUCUGGGAACAGACAAAGACCUGAGAUUGGUUCUUUCCUUAAAAAAAAGAAAACUAGUGAUGUUUACUUCGUUACACUUGUGUGGGCAAUCGUCAUUGUCCAGAUCUGGCUAAACUUCUGGAUUGUGCAGUUAUUGCCAGUGCCUUUUGCAGUUUGGGCACUGAAAAAACUCGUGGUUCAUUUUGGAGUUUUGAAUUUCAUGGCAAACCAUUGCAAAAGUUGGUGGCAAUUUGUUGAAAACUUUGUGAAAGAACGUCAGGAAGCUCUUGCACCGCGUCCCAUCAGAGGGCUUGGGAGAGUCAUGCUGAAGCUUGACAGUAAGAUGAUCGUGUGGUUGGAGAAAAUGCUAGAUAAAAUAAUCAGCAUUUUCAUAAUAUUUUUGCUAGUGAUAGGAACCCUUCUCCUAGCCCUGCUCCUUACUGCAAAGGUACAUCAAGAGAGCGUUCACAUGAUUCAAGUCACGAGCAGCUUGAUCAAUGAGACAGUAGCCAGUCACCCAGAAUGGGCAAACUGGCUUCCAGAAGCCCAGGUUUUUCAGAAGGCGCUCAACUCAGCAGCAAAUAAUGUGUACCAAUAUGGCCGAGAAUGGAUAACACACAAGCUUCAUAAAAUUUUAGGAGAAAAAGUGAACAACACUGCUGUGAUUGAAAAACAAGUGCUAGAGCUUUGGGACAGGCUUUAUCAUUCUUGGUUUGUGAAGAAUGUAACACAUUCUGGAAGACACAAAGGACAUAAAUGGCACAUAAACCGUCAGAACAGCUGGCUUGGUGAUAUCCUGGACUGGCAAGAUGUUGCUUCAUUUGUUCAUGAUAACAUCGAAACAUUUCUUUCGAUUCUGGAGUCUCUGUGGAUAGUGAUGAGUCGGAAUGUGAGCCUCCUGUUUACUACAGUUACAACAUUAGUGACAAUCCUUUUCCAUAGUGGAACAGCUCUUCUCAAUUUUGUGCUUUCAGUGGUGAUUUUCCUGACCACGCUGUUCUACCUAUUGAGUUCUAGUGAUGAGUACUACAAACCAGUGAAGUGGGUGAUAAGCCUGACGCCUCUGUCUCAGCCAGGUCCUUCCUCAAAUAUAGUUGGCCAAUCUGUGGAGGAAGCAAUACGAGGUGUAUUUGAUGCUUCCCUCAAAAUGGCUGGGUUCUAUGGACUCUACACUUGGCUGACUCACACUAUAUUUGGGAUUAACAUAGUCUUCAUACCAUCUGCAUUAGCAGCAAUCCUUGGAGCGGUUCCAUUUCUGGGGACAUACUGGGCAGCCAUCCCUGCAGUCUUAGACUUGUGGCUUGUGCAAGGAGAGGGAUGCAAAGCCAUUUUGCUCUUGGUUUUUCACCUGUUGCCAACGUAUUUUGUAGAUACAGCAAUUUAUUCAGAUAUAUCAGGAGGUGGUCAUCCUUACCUGACAGGUCUUGCAGUAGCUGGCGGAGCGUAUUACCUGGGACUGGAAGGAGCCAUCAUAGGACCAAUUCUACUUUGUAUACUUGUGGUUGCCUCCAACAUAUAUAGUGCCAUGUUGGUUAGUCCAACAAAUUCAGUGCCCACUCCAUCACAAGCAACGUGUCCACUACAGAUUUACCGGUCAUCUAGAGAAAGUCCCGAGGAGACAAAAAUGGCUGCUGAAUGAUGAAGGAGCUAUGCUGCACCUGUUCAAGAUGAGAGAAUCACUUUGGUCUUUCUGAGUUCACAACAGCCAUGGCCUUCUGUCCCUUUGCAGCUCUGCUAGGGGCAGUUCACAGGGAUGCAUAGUUUGAGUGUUAGGAGACACCACUUCUCAAACGUCUGCUGGCCUUACAUUACUGUGCACUUUGCCUCUUCAAGAGAGAAUGUCUGCUUCCCAUGGCUUUGCAUACUAGCACACAGUUCCACAGCCACCUUUGUAGACCUUCUGUCUUCUUAAAAAGAAUGGCGAAGUGGACAGAUAUAUCCACUGGAGCUGUUACCUGCUGAAAUGACUUACUUGGCUUUUAUUUAUUGGGUUAUUUGUGUUAUUAAAUUGUAGUAUCUUUAAAGAAAGCUAAGUCCACAGUAUUUAUUUUCUGUUAAUUGUGAUGGCAACGGAGAUGUAAACCACUCAUUGUUAAACAAAGAUUGGAUACAAUUGUUUGCUGCUCCUUAAAGUAUUUCUUUAGAGGUUUUGACCAUCAUCUCUAACUCAUAAGAACAAAUAAAUGUUAUCCUUUUAUAUGCACUGAAAUUUAAUGUUGUUGAAGACAAGUAUUUCUGUAUCUUCCUGAAAUUAGUAGACGUACAAAUUGAGAAAUGUGAAUUUUCCUCAUUUAGAAAUAGGACUUGUUUAAACAGUUUAAAUCUUGCCCUUAUUUCUGGUGAAAUCUGAUGGUACUCUGAUGUCUAUUCGCUGUCCCAGUGGAGUCGUAAUAUCAACUAACUUUGAUUAAAGGCCUUCAAUAAUUUAGGGUAAUGUGCUGUUAUCACAUCUACUUCCAAUAAUAAGAAGAGCUUGAAUGGGAUUGUUUUGUAUCAGUUUUCAAAUGCUGUGACCAAGUUGCAUUUACUUUUCAAGCAAAUAUAAGUUUAUUUCAAAAGAGGAAAGGGAAAGAGUAGAGAUUUUGUUUUGUUGUAGGAUUGUUGGGUUUUUUUGUUUUGUUACUGCUUCUAUUUUUCUCCUUGUAAGCCUCUGGCCAAAUGUUUCAGUGAUUUAUGCAGAGUUCUUAAAUUCUUGAAAUGGUAUAUUGCCUAGAUCACAGAAAUAAACUACUUCAGUGUUUUUCUUUCAUAUGUAAUUCUGCUGAAAUUGCAAGUUUGUUGAUGUUUAAGGCCUUUUGUAUUGUUGGUUGAAAUAUUUUGACACAAUGGGUCUUUUAUACCUUUGUUUGCAAAGACAAAGCAUUUUUUGGUCAAACCUUCCACAAAUACAUUGAGGCCCUUCGUACAAAGUAGCAGUUGCGCAUGCUUAACCAAAGAAUCACCUUUCAAUUUCUAGUAACUUAUCUUGAAUUUCAGUUUGAUUGACAAGAUUUAUGCAGAAUACAGGCAUGCCUUGCAUCUACUGUUUACCAAAAUGCAACUGUUGAUACAGAACAUAAUACUCUAACUUACCUGCUGUGGUUUUACUGAUGAAAUGUUAUGCCAAAAUGCAGGGUUUCACGUGUGCUGGUUUGGGGCUUGCAAGCUUCUAGGUAUGUGUUUGCAGGACAGGCUUGGGCUUGAUUUAGUUGUUUGACUAGUGGUUUGGUGGUUCUUCAAAGUAUUGAAACAUCUUAUUUAACAUUUUGUAUUCUGAGAGACCUACACAGCAAUAUCAAGUAUGUGAAUGUGAGGAGUGUGUUUCUUGAAUUAUGUAACCAUCCCAUGUUUUAAUUUCCUUGGGUUUGUGGAUCACUUAAAUAAGACCCAUUUUUGUAAUUGUUGCUGGGUAAGGAGGAUGAUAACCUGAGGCUGCCCCUAAAUAUUCCUGCAGCAUUCUAACCAAUUUAAAUGAGACCACCAUGAUACUUGGGAAACUUCUUUAUUCUUCUUGUUAUUGUUCUGAAUUUUGCACUGAAAUAUUUUCUUCACAUUCUAGCUUCAUCUAAUCAGUAUUUAAAGAUUACUGGCAAGAAAGAUAGAUAUUUAAUGUAUUUCCAGUUUUCUGUUGCUUCUCUUUGCUCACUCGUCAAGACAUUUAAAUCAUCAACAUUUUUUAUCCCAGUUAUUUCUGAGACCAUCUUUUUGAAUCCUAAGGUAACAGUCAUUUUAGAGAGUCAUCAUAAAGCAUUCUUUUGUUUGCUUGCUUUUAAGUUUCCCUCUUCUCCCUCCCCCUUUGUAUGACUGCCUUGGAUCAAAGAAGGGUCUCUACUAUGAAGAUUAAAACUGUAUUUCAGACAGUUAUCUUCAAUAAUGAUAAAACAGAAUGGACAUUGCAAUUCUGAAAUGUUCCUUUCCCAGUUUGAAGAGAAAUCAUUUUGUAUGGAGAAUUAAAUUCUCACAUAGUCUGUUAGUUUGUCCUCUUUUGAAAUGAAUCUUCAUACUCGAUGCUUCCCGUUUCAAAUUCAACAAGGACUUGCCAAGGAGAACUUCCUGUAGUAUAGUCUUUCUCAGGAAAUACAGCUUAAGGGGCUUGUGCUAUGUGCCGUGUCUGACUGAGAAAUAAGUUUUGUGUCUUGGUGGUACAGCAACCGUAUGCUGCCAGAGAGAAAAGAAAAUGAAAAAACAAAAUCUCCAAUGAGACCUUCUUAGGAUAUGAAAUAUUCACUGAAUUCUGCCAUGUUUAAAAUAUAUAUAUAUGUGUAUAUUAGAAAGCGUACCUUAGCAUGAGAGUCUCUUUCUUGAUGCUUCUAGGUGAGAAUUUGAUGGUCUUUAGCUUUACUGUAAGCAGUCAUUCCAGGAGCAGGUACUUACUUGUAUUUGGUAUAUUUAGUAUUCAAUUUAGAACAAAAACAAUGAUUUAGAGUGCAGAAGGGAAUGCUUGUAGCAGUAAACCUAGAUGAUACUGUGUCAUGGUAUUGCAAAGUACGAUGAUAAUGUUUAUUAUCAUUCUCUACUAGCUAAUCACCCCCACUGCAAGUAAGCAUAGUGUUAAAGGGCUAGUGAUAAUUGCUUAACUGUUUUUGCACAGAGCCAAAGUUAGACCUUUUUCCUCCUUCCUUUACCUUAGCUGAAUGUUACUGUACUGCAGCAGCACUUGCAGAAGUUCAUGUGUGCCCAUUUACAGCCCAGCUUGUUAGCUUCAGGUCACUGUAGGUACUGGCUUAAUUGAACACAACGCAGCAAGUUGCAAAGGAUGGGAAUCUGGCACACGUUCAUUUUGCCAGCUGUACUACAAGACAGUGACUUUCAGCACUGUGCACUGAUUGCUGUGCACUGUGACCAGCUGGGAGCAGUAAUGGCUUAUUUUGAAACACUACUUUAAAAAAAAAACAUGAAAAAAACAAAAUUUAUUAUUAUAGUCAUGCACUAUGGAAUACAUACAUACAAUAUACACUUUUUAUAAAUUAAAUUGAUACCCAUGUGUCUAAUAAUUGAGAUAAGUGAUUUUACAUACACAGUAGUAUACAGGUUUGUUCCAACUAAGGUACCUUGAAGCUUGCCUGAUUUCAAUGAAUAUAUGGCUUUGUCUCAAGACUUUGGAGAGGGAGAUGUACUUUCUUGUAUUCCGUCAGUGGUUAUUGAAUCAGGAAAUCCAAAACCUGAAUAAAACACAAAAAAGAGCAUUGAUUGUGAAUGGAAGAUUGGGUGCUGUUUCCAGUAUUAAACGUUGUGGGUUAUCAAUGUAACUUCUGAAAUAGGCGUUUGGCUGUAAUGUUCAAUGUUUUUCAGAAAGCCUGAGUGUACAAAACCCCAGUACCCCUGUAAAAGCAGUAGCAGAACUGAUAAAUUACUAAUGCCAAGUACUGGUGGCAGAAUUCUGUACAGACUGUUGCCUUCCCUGUGGACCCAUACUAAGGAUGGGAAAACAGCAUUCUGCAGAGACUCUGUGGCUUUGCGUCAGUGGUAGAAGGUGCUUCCACAACUGCUUUUAUUUGGAUAGUGUGUUUCUGUUACAGCAGCUUAAUUUUCUCACUACACAUAGUGCUACCUUUAUGGAAAUCACCACUGGAAAUAGCCAGGCUUUCUUCAGGAGGUGCUGAAAGCUGUUGGAAUUGAAGUUAGCAUUCACCAGAUUUCAUAAUGGAGUUGGCAUUCUAGAAAUGCAGUGGUUUGCCUUGCAGUUUGCAACUUGGCAUGGAAAGGUUGGUUUUCCAAUUAAAUACUCCUCACUGAAACCUGGCAUCUCUUAACCAUAUGGACAGAUCAUCUUUAUAAGUUCCAUCUGGGCUUGUAUUUCAAGGGUUUUAUUACUAUUUCUUACUCUUUUGGUGAAGCAUUCUUCGGCAAAUCGUUUCCCUUCUUAUUUCUAGUUUACGCUACUACAAAACUAAAUUUACCUAAUAACAAACCUUAUGGAAGUUUGAUCUUUAACCUGUUGCUAUUUAUCUGUCCAUUUUAUUAAAAGCCCUUAAUACUUUACGAUAAAAAUCUCCAAAAUCGCUUUUAAAUGAGAAAAUUGGAAAUGUGAAAAAAAAUUGGAAUGUGGAAUAUGAGCUUGAUAUUUCGAAACCAGAAGCAGUGCCAGAAGGGCUGAUCAUAUUCAGGGAUUCCACAUGGGCUUUGAAAAUGUAUACAUUUAUAUGCACCGUUAUAUAAACAUGAGCAAUGUUUCUCAUAUUCAGACUUCAACUGAAAUUUUGUUCUUUUUUGGGGUGUCUUUUUUAAGAUAUCUGAGAACAAAAUAGUGCCUGUCUAUAGUGAAAACAAGCAUCAUUUUCUAGAAUUAAUGUUUACUUAAAGAAAGUUGGAUAGGAGCCAGGCAAAUACUGGUGGAUGGCUAGAACUGUUUUGCUGCAGUUGAUGUGAAGUUGGGAAAGACUGCUCUUCCAUCUGGUAAGCCAUUGCUAAGAGAUCACCGGCCCUGGAAGAAUUUGUGUACGUCUGUUAAAGAGCAGUCAAAGUUAAUAGGUCAUGAAAUAUAUUUUCUGAUCCCCAGCCUCUUAAACUCAUCUACACCUCAUCUGAUACCUCUUUUUGAAUCCAGUUUAGUACGUGAGUAUUACUUCAUGCUGUUUUGGGUUAGAUUCCCUGAAGGGCAUGCUUUGCAUGUCCAUACUGAGGUAGCAUGUCCAGUUCAGGAAGGAAUUGCUAGUUGGGAAGUAAAUGCAUCCUCACUGUGCUCUGCAUAUCAGUGAGCUCAGAAAAACAUAAUUGAUGUUUUAUUGAAUUAGAGAUUGUUUUUUGAAUAUAGCAUUAUAUAGCAAUUCCACAGCUAGGUUUGAGUCAGAAGCAGGGCAUAUUUGCUUGCAGCAGGAUGCAUUUGCUAGCUAGUAAAUGCAGCUUGAGUGCUCAAGCAUCUGCAUACCUAUCUGAAAUGUUUUCGACAUGAUGAUUUUAGAAUAAAAAUGCUGAUUUAUUUUCCUAGCCUCACUUCUUGCCUCUCGACUUUGAAUGAGAUCCUGAAGUCAGAGCAGCUUCUUGUGGUAUGUUGUGGAUUAAGUGCAAGAGGCGUCACAAAGCUAAAAAGUAGCCGCAGAGCAGAAUUUCAUUAAGCUUAAGAACUGUCAUCCAGACCAUGCUUUUGGAAAAACAUAAUCUGAAUUUUUUGGCUUCCUUUCUGCCAAUCUUAGCCACAGACAGAUGCUUUGUGAAGAAGUAUCAGUAAAAAAAACAACUUUGUGUUGUUCAUAACUUUCUGGCUGGGUAGUUCAGUGUUUCCAGUUUCCACUGCCAUUGCUGGUAUAUUCUGCAAGCAGACAAGUUGUUCACAUUGUUACCCUUAAGAAUAAAGUCUGUGUUUCAGUGAUGGCUGGAAAUAAAACUUUCUUUACUAAUACUGGAUGUUUACCUAUACAUUAGUUAACUAGUGUUUGAUGUUUUGGUCAGAAGAGUAGCAAAGUAUUGUUUUUUCUCUUUGGUAAAUUUCACCAAACCAAAUCCAAAGAAACUUUUGACCUUGCGUGCAAAGAGUGGCUAGAUCCUAUUACAAUCUAGAAGCAGAUCUGUUGUGUUACAGAGCACAGGUUGUUCUAAGAUGUGCAUUUCUAACCAGAACUUGUGGGGAUUUGGAGCAAUAACUUCUAUCUGUUGACUCAAAUUUGUCUGUAAAUGUACACGUGAUACAAUUUCAGAAUGGAACUAUGUUCAAGACUAGUGUUACCAUAGUUGGUUUUGGUACAGUGCCUGUUUUUGCAUGUAUAGUAUUGGAAAAAUAACCCCUUUGUCCAUUGGUGACAGAACAGAGAAUGUGGGUUAAGGUUGAGAAGUGCUUGUGUAGACUGCAGAGGUGUGUCAUUAAUUUUGACUGUGUGCACCGGUCCUCUUCCAAAUAAAGGUUUUUUAUGUAGCGGGUAUAAGAAGCUUUUAACUUAAUAUUGUGUUCACACUGCAGUCCUUUGUAAGCACAAAAUGUUUAAUAUAUUUUGAAAUAAAAUGCUAUUAAAGAAAA